AUGUUUUACUUUCUUCAUGGGCCGAAAGAGCAGGAGUGUGACUCAGUGGAUGAUGAACUUGAAGCGAAUGUCCCCCUUGCUUCUGAGAAUAUGGACAUUUUUUCGUGCUUGCAAUCCCGAGACUUGCCUUGUGACAGCAUGAUGGAUUCCAGAAACUACCAAUAUGGUGUGGAGGCCUAUAACCCUCAGCUUGGGUGCCCCCAGCGGAGGCGGAGCUCAGGGAGGGUAAGCGUUCCUCUCGGCCCUGCGCCCAAGACUGCUAACCUUUCCAGAACUCGCGAGUCUCGGACCGCUCCGUUCGCUCUUCCCUAUUCAGAUUCUGACCUUCCUGGUCCGAGCCCUGCUCCAAUUCCUGUUGUGGGAGUCCAUGAUGCAGAAAUUGUCGACGUAGAUAAGGUGGAUCCUCUACCUGUUUCACCUUUGAGGGAAGAACUCGGAUGUAGGGGAAUUCUAUCCGAGACAGUUGCGCCGGCAGAGACUGAAUGCCCCCUGGUUAUUGGGGAGGUGAGGCUCGAAGAGACAACAUGUGGGGAGGGCCCCCUCGAAGAGGUUCUGGUUGAAGAUCCUGCUAAAGUGGUUAUCGAGGUACUGGCCCCUGCUGUAGAGUCAAUGGAUUUCGAAAGGGAAUCAUCAGUCCCUGAUUUGAAGGAGACCGAGAUGCCUGAAACUGAAAGUAUGAUGCCUGAGCCAAUGGUGGAUCCUGUGGAUCGUACUGAAGCUAGUCAGGAUUCAGGUUCUUCACGUGCUGAAAAGUCUGAGGUUCCAACUAUGUCCAAGGAGAGGGCGAAAUUGAUCUUGGCAAAAUGGGUGACUCUUUCAACAGAUGAGAGGGUGGGAGACGAACAGAAGAGUAAAGUCUGUGACACCUUAGAUGUUCUUAGCCCUUCCUACCCGAAUUUCGCAUCCUCUUUCAAGACUGCCAAGCUGGACCUGUUGGCUUUGACUGACAAAUUCCAGCACAGUGGUGCUGCUCAAUUUCCCGAUGAUGAAGCGCAAUUGGAGGCAGAACUGGCCUGA